AUUUGAAUCAACGGAAGUUCACCUGUACGGUGUAAUUACAGUAACGCACUGUGUUAUCGGCUAAUUCUUAGAGAUCUUAAUCUGUUUGAAUAGUAUGUGGCGAUUCAGUAAAAAUACUUACAGGUGCACAAAAACCUUUUUUAAACCGAUUUUUGUUCGCAUGUUGUGUGAGUAGCGAAAUAUUAUUUACUGGACGAAAUAUAAGCAAUUACUUUAGUGAUUAAUCAGGACGUAGAUGGUGGAUUGUGACGCAAAUUACCAGUAUUUAUAUAUCAGGAAUUAAUUAAUCAAAUCUUUAAACAAUGUUUGAAAGGAAUUCUUGGAACAUUUAACUAAAAUCAAUUGAAAAAAUGAAUGGAACAAAGCCACCUGUUCAAAAUGGAAAAUCAUUGGUUAAUGGACAGAGACCGAGAACACCGAAUCAAGAGCGUGAUUUUAGUUGCUGUAGAAUUGUCCUCCUUGGCAAUUCUGGUGUUGGCAAAACUGCUCUGACAGUUCGAUACCUCACCCGAAGAUUUAUUGGAGAAUAUUGUCCAACACUUGAAAGCAUUCACAAAGUUCAAACAUCCGUGGAUGGCGAAGACAUAAGACUAGAGAUAUUGGACACAGCAGGUCAGGUGACAGAUACAGGCUGUGCAUGGAAGGAUUAUUACGCAUUCUGGGGAGACUGUUUUAUCUAUGUAUAUUCCAUAAAUGAUAAAGACAGCUUUGAGCAAAUUAUAAACUUUAAGCGACAAGUGGAGAGUGUACGAAGAAAUACUGUGUGUGGGUUGUUAGUAGGGAAUAAAUCGGAUUUACUUCACGACCGCCAUGUUCCGGAAUCAGACGGUAUAGAGCUGGCGGAUGAAAUCGGAUGUAGAUUGUACGAAGUAUCGGCUGCUGACUGGACGCAAGUGGAUAAAAUCGUUGACAUGUUUGGAGAUCUUGUUCGGGACUUCAGAAAAUUACGAACCUCACGUGAUAUCCGUGCCAGAAGACCGAGUUCUUCGACCAGAUUUAGACAAGCCAUUCAAAAAGUGAUAAGUGGACGCAGUAAUACUAAAAGAACAACAAAUUCCUAGCAUACGUUUAAACAUUUCACAUUUCCUUCUGCAUAUCUUCGUUUGCAAUUACUGCAAAUAUUAUAAUACUAAUUGUUGUCCACUUGUGUUUGAUAAUGCAAGUAAGAUAAAAAUUA